UGAUUAUUUGCACAAGAAAUUCUGUAGACAUGAGUGGCCGUGGUAAAGGAGGCAAAGGCUUGGGGAAAGGAGGUGCUAAGCGUCACAGGAAGGUGUUGAGAGAUAACAUUCAGGGUAUUACUAAGCCUGCAAUUCGUCGUCUCGCUCGCCGAGGUGGUGUAAAACGUAUCUCUGGUUUGAUCUACGAAGAGACCCGUGGUGUAUUGAAGGUGUUCCUGGAGAAUGUCAUCCGUGAUGCCGUUACGUACACUGAACAUGCCAAGAGAAAGACUGUCACUGCUAUGGAUGUAGUCUAUGCACUGAAAAGGCAAGGAAGAACUCUAUAUGGUUUUGGUGGUUAAACACUUCAGUUCAGCCUACAGAUGCAACCGGCCCUUUUCAGGGCCACUAACAUUUUAACGUUUGUUUUCUCAAUCACCUAUGAUAUGUAUUUUGUGCUGCGAAUUGUACAUUUACUAGAUGUUUUUCCACUUGCUCGAAUCCGAAGUUCAAAAUUAAAAUGCCGAAUUUUAAAUCAGCAA